GGCCCCCACCAUCGACAGAACACCACACCAAGCUACACAGUGUACUUUACCCCAUACGGUGCGAACGGUUCCUAACGUUACCUGCUAUCCUAUAUAAGUAAUUGUUCUUCGAGGUACUUACCACAGUGAAUUAAAGGGAAAUAAUCUCCGGAAGGGAAAGCUAAACCUAAAAGCAAUCAACAUGAAAUUCAUCGCACUCGCCGUUUUCUUCCUCGCCGUCGUCGCCGGCGCAUUCGCCCAGGAUUACAGCGAUCUCUUCGCCGGAUUCGGACCAUACCUGAGCGGAAGGGCGAGUCUGAGGGACCCGAGAUCGAACAGGGGUCCCGUCGUCUUUCCUGCCGGUCCGGAGCCAAAUACUGGCGAAACAAGCGGAGUGAUCGUAGGAGCAAGUGGCUACGGAUUUGUUGCACCAGGUGCCUACGGUUUCUACAGAUUUUACUAGAAAAGAUCCACAACAGUUCUCAUUACCGGGGAAGCUGCGUGAAGACGAAGUGACAAAAUCGAAGAAUUUUUUCUCAUCGUCACAGAGAAAAUCAAUCGUCAGAUUUUUUCUUAUUAUGUUAACGUGUAAAACAUCCAAAGUAAUUUUUUUAUUUAACAAUCGACAGACGGUAAGUCGGUGAUAAUGAUGUUACUCAAAAUCGUUUUCACUUCGAUAGAAUUUCGCAACGGACUCGUGCAAAAAAAACAAAAAAAAAAGAAAAAAAAGAAAAAUGUCGUGAGAUUACGAAAUCAGUUCGUUAUAUGACUACGUAAAUUUUCAACCGUUAAUUUUCACGUGGUAUUUCGCAAGAAUUACAAAAAUAUCGCGUGUAAUCCCAUUUUAAUAUCGGUUUGCAAUGAACGAUCGAAGAAAUUCGAAAGAUGAUUCUCGAGAUGCAAUUGAAGUUUCGCCACGGUAUGCAUACGACGCGGUGGAAUGCUUCUUCGCAUAUUCGCACAAUAUGCAUGGCAACAUAGGUAGUGUUUUUCCAUUCAAUUAACACACGCGUGAGUAAAAGCGUUGGGCAAAUUGGCGAUAAUUUUAACGUUGAGGAAAGUGAUUAUGACCGCAGUAGUACAAGCUGUAGAUUCACGAGAUAAUUUCAGCAAUUUUAUUAAAGUGUAAAACAUAGAGAUCGAUUUAAGAACACCCAUUUAUCGCUGACUAUUGAUGUUUGUCUACAUAAAAAAAAAAAAAUGUAAGAAAAAAAAAACCGCGUAUCGUGCUAGCGAAUAUUUAAUUAAUCACUUAAUUAGUGGUAACUAAUUGAAUGAUUGAUUAAUCAAGAAAGCGGAUAAAAAAGAUUAAAGUUUUCAGUGAGACUUUAUGAAACGAACACGUAUGAAUAUAUAAUUGUGUAAUUUAUAAAUACGAAGAAGAGGUGGUAUUGUUUUAUUAUUUAUUUAUAUACAGCUAUAGAUGGAUCGAUUAAGUAUUUGUAUAAAUGACGUUUAUGUGUUCAUUCAUAUUACGGCUA